AUGGAUCCCAUUUCUGGAGCAGGUCUUGCAGCAAAUAUAAUCCAGUUUAUCGAUUUUGGCUACAAGGUAGUCGUGCAAGCAAAAGAUAUCCGCGACUCAGCUUCCGGAGGAUCUAAGGAAAAUAAUGAAAUCGAGACGGUCACAGAAGAUCUGAAGAAUAUUACCGAGUCGCUGGAUCAACACCUCAAAAGAGAAGCAGCCCACCAAUCAAAACCCACAGAUGAGAGUGCACUUCAGGAUCUCGGCCGAGAUUGCCAGUCUGUGGCUGAAGAACUUCUUGCAGCCCUGAAGAAGCUGAAGACUACAGGAAAAAGCAACAGGUGGGACUGCGUUCGCCGGGCACUUUUAUGCGUGUGGAACAAAGAGAAGAUUGUACAAUUAGAACACCGCUUGGACCGAUUCAGGCAACAGCUAACCAUCAGACUGCUAGCAUCGGCUCGUGACGCCUUGACAAAAGUCUAUCAACAACAGUCUGCUUCCGUCAACGCGCACAAUCUCUUUUUGGAAGCCUUUUUACGACGUGUUAGAGACAAUGAACAGUGGCGAGACCUUAUAGACACCAUUCGCAAUUCUACUUUACCACCCAGCGUUGAAGGUAGUCAGGAGGCUGCUGACAAAAUAGACAUAUUCAUUUCGAUCGAGACUUUCAGGAAGGAGAUCUUAUCUAGCCUCCACUUUCAUGAAAUCUGGGAUCGUCAUAAUCGGAUCGCUGAACGGCACCAGAAAACCUUCGAAUGGAUAUACGAGGAUUCGCCGACAAAACCGAACACCUGGGUUAACUUUUCAGAGUGGCUGGAGCGAGGUACAGAUAUAUACUGGAUUACAGGGAAGCCGGGCUCCGGGAAAUCGACCCUCAUGAAGUUUUUAUACGAUGAUCCUCGAACACGGAAACACCUAAGUAAAUGGUCCGGGGACUCUGACGUAGUAUUAUCCGGGUUCUUUUUUUGGAAUUCUGGUACGGAGAGACAAAUGUCUUACAGCGGCCUUUUGCAAACUUUACUCUACACGUUGGUCCGGAAGUUACCCAACCUCGUCGACCGCAUUUUCGCUGAACGCUGGGAAAUAUACAAGUUUUCUGGGAAAUUCGAUCCUCAUUGGUCCGUUCCUGAGCUCUCAAGAUCCCUUCGAAACAUCUGCAACGCAGAAUUCCAAAAAAUGAGGUUGCUUUUCCUGAUCGAUGGCCUGGAUGAAUACCAUGGCGACCACAACGAACUCGUCGGUCUACUGCAGCACAUGGCCCAUUUCUCCCAUAUUAAAGUCUGUGCGGCGAGUCGACCCCUAGUUGUAUUCCAGCGUGCAUUUGAAAAGUCUCCUAGCCUGAUGCUUCAGGACCUUACAACAACAGACAUUGAGCUCUUCGUCAAAACCAGCUUCUAUAACUAUAGCGACUUUCUGCCACUAGAGAAGAAAGAUCCACAGCUAGCCCGUGAGAUUUGUUCAGAGGUUACCAACAGAGCUGCGGGUGUGUUUCUCUGGGUGUGCCUGGUUGUGCAAUCGUUAUUGGCUGGAAUUAGUAACGGGGACAAGAUUGUAGAUCUUUACAGAAGGCUGAAAGAACUUCCAGGAGACCUUGAGGCUUUGUAUGAACAAAUCUUGCACAGCCUGGACCACUUCUAUCUGGCGCAUGCAUCACGACUAUUCCAGAUAUGUCAGGCCGCCGACGGAGAGAUUAGUCUUCUUCAUCUCUCUUACGCAGAUGAAGAAGAUGAUAAAAUGUUACAGGUUAAAGAGCCGAUUAUUCUAGGCAAGGGUGACUUUUUUUACAGGCUCGCAUGGAUGAAGCGGCGUCUAGAUAGUAGAUGUAAAGGGCUAUUAGAAUUGAUAACUAAUGAAGGUAUAAGUGAUGUCGAACAUGACCCUGACAAGUUGGAGAACCUAGGGAAGUCCUCGGUUCAAUAUCUACACCGAACAGUGAAGGAUUUCGUGGAAAGACCCGAUAUAAGAAAAAAGCUUCUUGCGGAGACAACCUCUUUUGAUCCAAACAUCGCCCUCUGCAAGGCGGCCAUAAUAGAGAUGAAUACUGUAAGG